AUGCUCCCAGAGAUCGUGGCACGGCUGAACAACUUUACCCGGAAAUUAGUCGACGCAAAACCCUACCUCAGCGGUUUCGUGGUGGCGGUCAAGGACCCCGGCAGCCAAGUUGGUGCAGUGGAAAUUCAAUUCUCAGACGACAGCUUCUUGCACUACCCCGGGGUCAAUGUACGCCAUUUGACACGUGAAGAAGUCCCAUACACAUAUGACGAGCUCAACCAGAUGGGUCUACCACCUAGUAUCAUCAGGCCGGACCUCGUUUCUGCACUCGGGGAGUCCGCUGAUGAAGAAAGAGCCCCGGUAUUUCGAAUGCAGGCAAAUGUGGUGGAAGGCGGUCUCAUCGUCUCGGUCUAUCUCCAUCAUUGCAUUUCCGACGGCACUGGCAUUGGCUUGUUGAUUUCAGGGAGUGUGCUGACCGACGACUUUGCAUUCGACCGUCACUUGGAUACCAGGGGCCAUGAGACUCCAAGAUUGUCCAUGAGGCUAGAGGCUUUUGCCCACCACAAAAGUGUGGUCCGACAACAGCUAUCAUACAGUUUUGCGAACCAGAUCAACGAUCGACAGCUGAAGAGUAAAGCCGUCGAGACAGCAUCGAAGGUACCCGGCCGUGUCACGCCUCGAGGUCGUGGAUGUGUGAUUGCUUUCUCAUUAAGCCAGCUGACUAAAUUGAGGGCGGCGGUGGACAAGCACGUCGAUGGUAACUUUGUGACGGCAAACGACGUGCUACAAGCACUUAUCUGGCAAAGCAUGACAAAAGCCAGAAUCCCGUCAUUGUCGCAAGAGCUACCAGUAACAUCUUCCAAACUGCUUAUUCCAAUCAACAUCAGGAACAGACUCAAGAAACCACUUCCAGAAUCCUACUUUGGGGCAGCCAUUGAUUUUGCUUCAGUCCGGCUGCCGUUUUGCCAUCUGACGGACACCAGCAUGCCUUCCAUGGCUCAGACAGCCCUCGCGAUCCGGAAGGGGAUCGACAAUGUUGACGAGCCUUACAUCCGACAGGCAAUUGCGCUGGCAAGAUAUCCGGAUCCUCGAAUUGACGUUCGAGAUCUCCAAGCCAGCAACAUGGACCGGGCUAAUGGCGCCGACAUGUAUGUCACAAGCUGGGAGAAACUGCCAUGCUAUGAGGCCACAUUCGAGAUGGGUCUUGGCCAACCAGACUGGAUUCGCAAGCCAUGGUCCAAAGAUCCUGGCUCGUGCAUUAUUCUCCCAUACGAUAAGCGCAAGGAUUAUCUUGAAGUCGUCAUCCAGAUGACCGAGGCGGACAUGGCACGAUUGUUGGAUGAUGCGGAGUUUAUGGAGCAUGUGGUACGAGUAAUAGACUGA